GGACCAGCUGAUAUUAGUUGGGGUCAAAUCGCAGACAGGUUGCACACAAAACGUUAAAGUUGAAAGAAAAGUUUAAAAUUAAAUAAAACCAAGAUGCUGCGUUCUUUGUUGGGUGCCCAAAAGUGCUGGAACCCAAUCCGCAGCAAUAAUCUUAUGACGGUGGUCAACAAACAGGUGCCAUCUUCCUUUGCAAUGUGCAAACGACACUUCUCACCGCCCACACACAUUAAACAAUCAGCGGUGCCCAAUGAAUCCGGAACUAUGGCAGAAAUUAAGCAGGAGAUGAUGAAACGACUGGGCCUGGAACCGGGCUACAAUCCCCUGCCCAAAUCCAGGGAGCAGCUGCUCAAGUACCAACCCAAGCUGGAGGAUCUGGCGCCAAGAGCCAUGCAGGAUUCCUUUACCUCGGCCAUCAUUCCCUUAAGCACAGAUCGUACCUUGCAGGACAAAUAUGUGACGUUUUUGGGCAACGUGCGAUUGGGCAGGCUGCUGGAGGACAUGGACAUGUUUGCAGCUUGGUGCUGCCACAAGCAUUUGAAACUACCCAAUCUGCCGGAGGGAGUUCACCUUCCCUACACCUUUGUCACCAUUCUUGUGGACCGCAUCGAUUUCACGAACGUUCUGGCCUCGGGCACCCAGGACAUCCGUCUGUCCGGUCACGUCUCCUGGGUGGGCACCAGUUCCAUUGAGGUGGUGGUGUGGCUGGAGCAGAUGGUGGCCGGAAGGUACCAGAAGCUCACCCGGGCUUUGUUUCUUAUGGCGGCCAGGAAUGCCACCAACACGGGAGCAGCUCCUGUGAAUCCCAUACAACCAGCCAAUGAGGAGGAGCAGUUAAUCCUGGCCGGCGGCGCAGAUAGGAAGAAACAGCGCCAGAUUCUCUGCGCACAGUCCGUUUUUAAAGUGGAACCCAAUGACCCCGAGCAGACGCUCAUGUACGAACUGUACAAGAGGACCACGCCGCGCAACACUUUGGAGUUGAACAAGCGCAUCCUGCCGCCCAACUGCCGCUGGAUGGAGGACUCCUUCCAGAUGAGCACGAUCCCCUCGUUUCCGGAGCACAGGAACCACCACAACCGAGUCUUCGGGGGCUUCCUCAUGCGCAGCGCCCUGGAGAUUAGCUGGGCAGCAGCCUUCCUCUACUGCAAGACGCGGCCAAAACUGGAGCACAUCUCGGACAUCAGUUUCGAGAAGCCCGUGAGCGUGGACAGCUUCAUCAAGAUGACCGCCUAUGUUGUGUAUACCAAGCUGAACUACGUGCAGAUCAUGACCGUGGCCGAUGUACUGGAUACGCACACGGGCAGCCAGGUUACCACCAACACGUUCUACUACACCUUUUCGGCUCCGGACACGGUCACUGAGAUCCUGCCACGCUCCUACCACGAAACCAUGUGGUACAUCCAAGGACGUCGGAAGUUCGAGGCCAGCAUGGGCUUGAAAUAGAUGCUGGAAUAAUAUUCCUAUGAUAUUAUGCGAGGCUACCCUACGAGAUGAAUGAUAUUACCCGUUCUGUGUUUAUAAACAGCAAUAAAUGUAUAUUGUCUAAUUA